CAGCCCCGGAAUGUUUAUCAAUGUGUGCUGUACCAGGAAACCAUCAGGUAUCAUUAGCGCUAUAGCAAGCCUGUGUGCAUGCUGCUACAGUGACUGUGAGGGACAUGGAGAAAGGAUCAAGCUACACACAUGUUAAGGAAGAUCUGAGGCUCACAAACUGCAAAGAGAUCGAGGAGCUAUGGAGACAGAGAGCACUUUGUGAUGUGAAUCUGAUGGUGCUAAACAGCCACGACACUCCACUGCUCUCCAUACCAGCCCAUAGACUGGUACUAGCUGCUUCUAUUCCAUACUUCAAGGCUAUGUUCACCAAUUGCAUGCAAGAGUCUGUACAAAGUGAAGUUGUUCUCAAAGAUGUAGAUGCUAACAGUGUGAAGCUUCUCGUCAGUUUCGUCUACACUACAAAACUGGAAAUCACCGAAGACAACGCUCAAGGUCUUCUAUCAACUGCAAGUCUGUUCGAUCUCCCCGAAAUUGUAGCAGUUUGUGCUCGAUUCAUUUCAAAGCACUUGUCUCCGGCAAAUUGUCUCGGUAUACUGAAGUAUGCUCAAUUGUUCAACCUCAAAGAUCUUGUAUCGGCCUCGACCAAAUUUCAGCUUCAGCACUUUGUACAGAUGUCUAGAAAAGACGAAUUUCUUGAACUCAGCUUUGAGGAAGUCGAAGAGCUUGUUAGAGGAGACCAGAUCACGAUAGAAUCCGAAGAAGAUGUUUAUUAUGCAGUCACAAGAUGGAUUGAAUGUGACCAGGACAGGGAGAGAUACAUUGUACCAUUAUACAAUCAUGUCAGAUUUCCGAUCCUCCAGCCAAACUUUCUGAGCACAGUUGUGAUGCUCAACUCCUCGCUCUCACAAGUGUACGAAGUGAAGGUGAUGAUUCAAGAAGCACUCGAUUACCACGAAAAUCCAGCCUCUGUGCUUUUAUUUUCCAACCCCAAGAAAACACAGCCUCGAAGCUCACUCAUGGGAGUCAUCUGUCUCGUCGGAGGAUCGGGGGACUCUGGCCAGUCGAUGAUGGAUGUCUCGUUCUUCAACCCCCACGAAAAGAAAUGGAGAAUGGGUCCAAAGAUGCUCCAACGCCGCUCUCGUUUGGCACUCGUGUUAUUCAAAGGGGAACUGUACGCUAUUGGUGGAACAGACAUCACUGAGCCUCACAAGACUGUCGAGAAAUAUUCGCCCCUGUCGAAUGCUUGGGUGAAGGUUGCUGCUCUCAAUACGGCACGAAGAAGCUGCUCUGCUGUUGUUACACCACAAGGGAUUUUAGUAUUAGGAGGAUUCAGUGGAUCGGCGUAUCUCCAUUCUUUAGAGCUCUACAAUCCUGAUAUUGACGAGUGGUCUUAUCAGCCGGCUAUGUUGGAUGCUCGCAGUGAUUUGUGCUCCGUCUAUUUUGAUCAGCGGAUUUAUGCAAUUGGAGGGGUUAACUCGAAGGAGGAGCUGCGAUCGGUGGAGAGAUUCGACCUGCUCAACAGGAAAUGGGAGAGAAUGUCCAGCAUGUAUGCCCCCAGAGCAAAUGCAGGUGCUGCCUUACUUGCUAAGGAGAUAUUCGUCGCUGGAGGUCAGGCCGGGAAAGAAGUCAUCAAUGGAGCUGAAGUGUACAACCCAGAGCUGAACCAGUGGAAGCAGAUUGUGUCUCGAAUGGGAAGCCCUCGCGUUGGCUUGGCAAUGGUCUCUAUCGGAAACCUCAUCUAUGUUAUGGGAGGAUCGAAUGGCUCGGAAUAUCUUGACAGUGUCGAGUGCUAUGAUCCAAGCACGCUCAAGUGGGUACCUGUCGCUAAACUACCGACAGUUCGGUUUGGGGCAGCUGCCUGUGCCCUGUCAAAGAGGGACCAAAUAGCAGCAGAAUGUAUUUCACCUUCAUAGUAUAACUAGUAUAACUUGUGACCUCAUAUUUACAGGAUUUGCACAUUAAUUUUUUUAUUUUGUAGUGCAGAGCAAUGACCCUUUACCAGUACAGUAGUAAUAAUUUGCAAUUUUGUAUCUAUUUUCGAUGACCCUUUACCAGUUGCAGUAUUUGUGAUCCAGUUUAUGGUUUAUUCUUGUGAGA